GACAUGCGGGGUCCCGCUCCAAAGUGUCGUCCUAAGAACUUUUUUGCCAUCCGUUUCCGCGGGAAAAAAUUCCCAAAACACUCCAAAAACAGUUUCUGUACGAAAACCUAAAUCCGCCGCGACAUUAUCAUCGUCCCGCCUUUCUCCCCCUCGUUUCAAAAGAAAUUCUCUCAGAUUGCGUUACACCGGACCGUUUCUGCUUCCUGUUUUCUCAGCCUUGUUUCACAUUGAUGUUGCGAUUUUCUCACAAAAUUCUACUUUUCUAGUUGCUACUGAAAAGGUUCAAGUGUGUGCUGUUUUCGUUUUCAUUCUAAAUUCUAAUCAAUGGCUUCAAGAUCUGUGGAUGGAGAACAAUCAACUCAGGCUGAAGAUGAUUAUAAUGCCAUGCUUUCAACCACUGAUGUUGAACUUCUCAAACGAGCUUGGCGUAAUGAGAAAGCAGCCCCGGAGAUUCUUCCUUUUCAAUCUGAUUUGAUUGCCCGUGUCAGAGAACAAAUUGAGUUGAUGGAAGAAACUGUGGAGGAAAAAUCUACUGUUGGGACUGACCCUCUUUCAGUGUCUUUGUAUCAAAUGGACUUGGAUAGAACCCUCUUUCUUUUGAGGUCGUAUCUUCGCAUCCGUAUCUUGAAGAUCGAAAAGUACAUGUUCCACAUCCGAAAAACUGAAGAACUUUGGAACAGGCUUUCUAAGGAUGAGAAAUUUUUCACCGAAAGGUGCUCAGAUGACCUAAAGAAACAUCUGGAAGAGAGUGUUCUAUCAAAACUGCCUGAAAAUUAUCAGUCUUAUGAGAGGCAAUCUAUAAUUAGUGAAGAGGAUGACAUGAUUCCAGAACCACGGCUCGACACAUUUGUUUUGUGUAGAAGUAAAGAUUAUCUCACAGGCAUUCAGCUUGGAGACGGACCUGUUGAUGACAGGUCAAAGCUGUUUGAAAUGGAGGCUGGUGUCCUUUACUUUAUAUGUUACAAAUCGAUAAAGCCGCUUGUAGAGAGUGGCAAAAUUGAACUACUGUGACUUUUUUACUACUCAUCGAAAAAUAGCAACCUCUUAACUUGAUAAUGUUUUAUUUAGUUAUGUUUUAUCAUACUUCCUCUGUCCCAAAUCAUGUGAUUCUAGAAGAAGAAAAAAACAUUUGUCCCAUUAUCAGACAGUUCAUGUGUCAUUAUCAUUUUCAGACAGUUCAUGUUUCCAUUAUCAUUUGUACCAUAUACUAUUUUGGUAAUAUUUGUCAAACUGUGAUGCAUGAAUGCUUCAAUUCAUCGCGCAGAUGAUUCUUUUUA